AAAGCGUGUGCGGUUGAUUGGGUUGAGGAAGAAGUAGAAGCAAAACUACCAAAGCCAAGUGGGUGUGCGCCAAAGCCCACCAAGCCUCUCCUCUCUUAUCUUCAAUUUGAAUACUCAAAACAAUUGUAUUGGUGAUACGACGACUACACGCAUGGGCAGACCUCCCCUCCACCGCAACGCAAUCACCUUCAGACCUACUCCCACCAUCAAGUUCCUCUGCAGCUACGGCGGCAAGAUCCUCCCUCGUUAUCCCGACGGCAAACUCCGUUAUCACGGUGGCGAAACUCGCCUUCUUUCUGUCAACCGCUCCAUUUCCUUCUCUGAACUGCUGUUGAAGUUCGGGGAGCUCUGCGGAACCUCAACUUCUGUGAGCUUCCGUUGCCAGUUGCCUAGAGAAGACCUCGAUGCUCUAGUUUCCGUUACUUCCGAUGAAGAUCUCGCGAAUCUCAUCGAGGAAUACGAUCGAGCGGCUUCUCCUUCCUCAUCGAUGAAGAUCAGAGCAUUCCUUUCCCCUCCCAAAUAUGCCAAAAGAAUAUCGCCUCCUUCUUCAAUGACUUCCUUCUCCUCCUCGGUGGCUCACCGUUGUUUUCGUCGGAUGUCACCACCAAGUCCUUCCUACUUGGAGAGAUCUUCAUCUGCGGUUCCUUUCAGUGUAUAUAAUAUUCAGGGAAGUUGUGCCUCUAGUCACAUGUUCCUUCACAGUGGUAACAGCUGGGAAUAACACCAACUCUUACAACAGAAGAGCUACCGGAUUUGUCAAACCCAAUACCAAAUCACUUGAACUAUACAUAUUAUUCACAAAAAAAAGAGAAUUAAAAUUGGAAGUACUCGAAGAGAGGCCAAUACAAUGUAAUUGCCCUGUAUAUUGCUGCUUUGCUAAUUUGAUUGCGUUUCCAUUCAAUGAAUUUUAGUUCAAUUUGGGUAUGGAUUCCAACUGAAUACUGUGGAUUAAAGAUUUUCAAGGUUGGACUCGGAGAUUAAAGCUGCGGUAGACAAAUGAUUUUCUAAGUCAUUGCUGCGGCCGGAGAAGAAGCUGAAACACACAAGAGAGGGUCCAUAUCCCAUGGUGGGAGUGAUAUCUUAAUCAACUGGAGUACAUAGAUUUACUCAAGAUUUGAAAUAAAAUCAUCCAACCAGACAAAAUGGAGAAUGAACGCGGGUGGUGCAUGGGAUCAAAGUAGAAUUUAAUUGCAAUCUUUUAAAACGCUGAUGAACAAGAAUAAAUUAAUAAAUAAAUGAAGAGUAGUAGAUAUUUGAAUGGGAUGAAGGGUAUGGGCUGCCUGGCUUCCACACAAAUGGAGAUCUCUGUUGGAAAGAGACUUGCAUGGCCUCUCUGUAUAUACAUACACCACGCCAGAAAAGAAAUACAAAACUAAUCCAAACAGUAAAGGGGAAUCAAUCUAUUUGGAUUAAAACCCAAGAAUUUUCAGUCCUUCCUUCACAUCACAAAAAUGGAACACACUUGUAAUUUUUGUAAGGAUUUCUUCUCUCUUCUCUCUUCUCUCUUCAAACCACACAAAAAGUUGUAGUAUACUAAUAUUAAUAUAUAUUACGACAUGAAGCAACAAAAACAGGUAAUUUAAGGUACUUGCAGUAUAAUAUGGAGAUUAAACUGAACUUGGGGAACUACAAAUCCAACAAUAUUCUCUAAUUAAAAUGAGGAUCAUCUGGAGAGAAGACGGAGUGAGACAAGGAAGGGGAUGUUAAGUUGUGGGCAUGUGUAAGAGUUAAGACCAUCGUUAUAUAAUGAUAGCCCAGCCCAAGUAGGACGAUGGGUUUUGUAUGUAUGUUAGGGAUGUGGAGCCAAAUCUAACCCUACAAAGUACAAAUAUUAUAUUGAAGAU